AUAACUGCUUUUUAACUGCGCCAUAACUGCCUUUGAGAAAAGUAACUAAAUGUGUGCUCUAGGUGCACACAUUCUUUUGGACUGAUAAUGCAACUUCUUAUCAGGUUAUGCUUGCCUCUCUGACGAGAGUUUUAGCUCAUUGCUAUGGUAACCAAGAUAUAUGAUGCCGUUCGGAAGUGCAACGAGUGAACCAAUUAUAUUUGGACACGAGACUAAUCUCCUUAAGAGGUUGGCCAAAACAUGUCAAAUUUACCAUGUUUGGGCAGGCAAUAUGUCUCCUGAGGGCAGGGGUUGGCCCCCUUUGUUCUUACGUGGCAUAUGCCUAUAAGAGUGGACUUUUUCCGGGCCACACCUGGGGUCGGUUAGAGGAUUUCACGCGUAGUCGCUCGGCCGGAGCUUCCUUGAUCGCUCAAACCAGGAACGUUGUGUGGCCCUCCGUUCAUUGUCGACAGCUUGACGAAUGAUGGGAUGUGGAAGCGAUUGAUCGGAACACCUGCUACUGGAGGAUCGCAACCACAGCAUCACUAUGUUCCUCCGCGUCGGUGGUGGUGUCGGAUCAUGGGCCACCAUCCUCUGUGUUCUUUCUGCAUGGUGGAUGACGAGCGUCGACUCCUCGGGGAGUCCGGUGCAGCUCCAGAAGACGUUCAAGCAGCCGUAUCGCGGUGAAUGGAUUGCGGGGUGUCCUGGUCAUGAAGUGUGCUUCGUCGGCUACAACAUCACCUCGCCCUGCCCGAUAUCUGAGGGAAGGCGUCUCUGCUCUGCCGGACCUCCCUGCACACCAGGAGUCAACAAUCCGGAAAGAGUUCGCAGGGGUCCCAUGGUGGUUGCGGGAUGCUUAAUCACAGUCAUGUCUGACACGCCUGCUUGCAUAUGGCUUCCCAACGAUACGUGCCAUUCCCAAUUCAAUGGCACCAAGUGGACGGCCAAGGUCACCGCUGACCUAUGGCUUUCCAACAGCACGGAUACGGGAGGACUCGCAUGGAUGAUAUGGCCAGUUUUCGCUGAUUCUGGUUCUUUGGAUCCCCCUUCUGGCUCCUUUGCCCCCUCGUUUGCCCCCUUUGUCCCCAGGUACACCAACUUGGCCCCAAUUUUGCCCUCUUGCACGUAUCUUGCUUUGGAGAAAACGCACACGGAGAUUCACUGGAUCGUUUUGUUUCCCCCUUUCCCCACUUGUGCAGCACGGAAAAAGCCUGCUUGGUAUGACACCCUUCUGGGUGGAACCGGAACCGUGUUAGGCAUCUCUAACACGAUUGAUGGAGAAGUCACCAGAACUAUGUUGUCCAACACCGGAAGUGACAUUGCGCACGGUCUCUCGACCGUAGGACUUUGGAUGCCCACAUCUAUCGCGCCUCAUGAAGAAGCGGCGUCUUUAUUCUUAGCACAAUUGUCAUGGGAUAAAGGGAUGUGGGAUGAGACACGCAAAGUAUUAACCAAUAUUUCUAAUGCAUUGAAUAUGACUGUGUGUAACUUACAGGUACUUAACAUGAAAUUACAGAAAGAAAGGUUCCUAAGGGUGGUAACAUCAGCCUCGGUAGACCAAUGGCGUAAAGUGUGGAACAUCUCCACUGAGUCUUGGGUCAAGGUAUAUCCUGAGAAAACAAUAUGUAAUGAAACUGUGUGUCAAGGAAUGUGGUUGCAAAUGACUGUAACUAAACCCUUAUUAGUUUGCAGAUAUCAUGUUUUGCCUGUAAUUACAACUAAUGCUUAUUAUUUUGUGAGACCUCAAGGGGAAUGGUUUAGCCCACAAACCAAUCUUACUUAUGACCUAAGCGGAUGCGACACAUCGGAUAAAGGUAUUGCAUGUAUGAAACAAGUAAUGUAUCAAGAAGCAUGUUUUAACGCGACACAGGCAUUAUGUGAUUGGUAUGUAGAAAGACCUCAUGACUUGCUAUAUCAGAUAGGACCCCACUCUAUUUGUGUAGCUACUAUGAAACCACACCCACAGUUGCCUAAAACACCGUUUUCGGGUUGUCUGGACAAUGUGGAGCUUUUCAUUUGGAAUAAUCAGACCUUCAAGCUGACUAAUUUCACCUGGAGCCAGCGCUUAACGCCGGCACAGUGGGAAGCAUUACGUCUUCCUUGGAAAGUGACGUUGGAGCGCUUUAGCAGCGCACUAAACCGUUCCACGUUGCUUCAAAAGAUGAUUGAGGAACACAGGUCUAACGUUUCCAAGCUUAAAGUGUCCACAUUGAUAGCUCAAAAUGAAGUGGUACAUGCAGCCAAGGAAAUUGAGCAGGAGUCUGCUCACCAUUGGUGGGAUAUAUUUACCGGGAUGUCUAUGACAGCAAGACAAUAUUUUGUACCUCCGAUGUUUAUAUUGAUUAUUGUAUUAAGUAUACUCACUGCUUUGAAUGUAUGUGUUUUUUGCUAUGUCCGAAAGGUAAAACGGUCGUUAACUAAUAAAAUGUAUACUUUAGCCUAUCAAUGAGAAUAAGGGUUGAAACAACAAAUUCUUGGUACAAUCAGUACGUAUGUGAAUUGACUUUGCACCCAGAAGAGCCAGGACAUGUUUUUGAGUAUGUUCGACGUAUAGGGUGUGGAUAUACUCGUCGUGAAACACGUUUUGAUACACGCAUUGAAAUGUUGACCGCUGUAGUGCGUUGUGUCUUAGAAGAUCACCAUUGGUUUCAAUAUGUCCAUUUUUACGAUGUGCCAUGGUUUCAAUGGAUAUUUGAUAAUUGGGAACAAUAUAUUGAAGGAUUAAUUAAUUAAGGGGUUAAUGAUGGACCCAAUCCGGGUCGAAGGGUGGAAUGUAUUGGAAAAAAAAACACCAGUAACAUUUUCUAUGACCUUUUUAUGACCUUGUAACCUUUUUUGUGACCCGAAUUGUGCCAUAUAUGUAUAACUAUACACAUAUAAACAUAACUGCGUCAUAACUGCUUUUUAACUGCGCCAUAACUGCCUUUGAGAAAAGUAACUAAAUGUGUGCUCUAGGUGCACACAUUGUUUUGGACUGAUAAUGCAACUUCUUAUCAGGUUAUGCUUGCCUCUCUGACGGGAGUUUUAGCUCAUUGCUAUGGUAACCAAGAUAUAUGAUGCCGUUCGGAAGUGCAACGAGUGAACCAAUUAUAUUUGGACACGAGACUAAUCUCCUUAAGAGGUUGGCCAAAACAUGUCAAAUUUACCAUGUUUGGGCAGGCAAUAUGUCUCCUGAGGGCAGGGGUUGGCCCCCUCUGUUCUUACGUGGCAUAUGCCUAUAAGAGUGGACUUUUUCCGGGCCACACCUGGGGUCGGUCAGAGGAUUUCACGCGUAGUCGCUCGGCCGGAGCUUCCUUGAUCGCUCAAACCAGGAACGUUGUGUGGCCCUCCGUUCAUUGUCGACAGGUAAGAGCUUGAUUUCAAUAUCAUAGAGGAACUCGUUGCGCUUUGGUGCGGGGAUAUUAUUAGCUUCGACAACUGAUUAUCUAGCGCCAAAGUUAUGUGUGCUGAUGUGUUUUUAACUGCUUUGUAAGGGUUUUUGACAAUUCAGACCUAGCAUUGUAGUUAUUCUGAGUGAUGCUUGAUGUUGUUUUUGCUGUUUUUUGCUUGCUUUUGUGGGAUUGUAAUCAAUUAAACUCCAUUUAUUCAUUUAUUUGCAAUUUCUAAUUAAUAAACAUUGCC